CUCUUGAUGAAAACAAAGAGACUGGACAGGACAAAAUUCCCGCAAAAUUGUUGAAGAUCUGUGCAUCGAGCGUUUGUUCGUCUUUAUGUGACUUAUUCAACAAAAGCUUGUCCAUAGGUAAACUACCGUGCGAGUGGAAACUUUCAAACAUAAUUCCAAUUCCCAAGAAAGGCCCUGCUAACGAAGUAUCAAAUUACAGACCAAUAUCUCUCUUGUUUUUGGUCUCUAAAGUUUUUGAACGUUGCGUCUAUAACCAACUUAUAUAUCAUGUCUCCAGUCAACUUCACCAUCUACAAUUUGGUUUUCUCGAAGGCAAGUCUACCACCUCUCAGCUUCUGCGCGUUCUUCAUGAUAUAAAUAAGUCGUUAGAAAACCGAAGUCAAGUCGACUCGGUUUACCUGGACUUCGCAAAAGCAUUUGAUAAGGUCAGCCAUAACCUUCUGUUAGUUAAACACCAGAGGUUUGGAAUAAGAGGUGAUCUUCUGCUAUGGUUCAAAGACUACCUCUCAGGACGCUACCAAAGAGUAACAGUUCUCGGUGAGUCGUCCCAUACUCUCCUUGUUCUAUCUGGAGUUUCCCCAAGGUUCAUUUUUAGGACCCCUACUGUUUCUGGUAUUUGUGAACGAUCUUCCUGAUUCAAUUUCAACCCAAUCGUCUGUGGCUAUGUUCGCCGACGACACGAGGUGUUACCGUCCCGUGAACAAGUUAGCUGACUGCGAAAGUCUGCAAAAUGAUCUAAAUAAACUUGUGACAUGGUGCAACGAUUGGAGGAUAGACUUGAAUAAAUCCAAGUGCGGGGUUCUUAGAAUUACUAGAAGUCGUCAACCAAUUAUCGCAGAAUAUCAGCUUAUUGAUACAUCGCUUAAGUCAUUAAUUACCCAGAAAGAUCUCGGGAUCAUUAUUUCCAACGACCUGAAAUGGAACAAGCAAGUUCAUGGCACGGUAUUAAAGGCAAACAUGAUGCUUGGCUUCAUCCGACGAUCAGCCUCUGACAUCAACAACAUCCAAGUCCGCAAGAUUCUUUACCUGUCUUUG